GGGGUUUUUACAUUUGGAGCUGGAGGCUAUGGUCAGUUGGGUCAUAACUCUACCAGCCAUGAGAUAAACCCACGGAAAGUUUUUGAACUUAUGGGAAGUGUUGUCACACAGAUCACUUGUGGCAGGCAGCACACUACUGCGUUUGUUCCUUCAUCUGGAAGAAUUUAUUCUUUUGGGCUCGGAGGUAAUGGGCAAUUAGGUACAGGAACCACCAGUAACAGGAAAAGUCCCUUCACAGUGAAAGGAAACUGGCUUCCUUAUAGUACUCAGUGCCCAAUAGCCACAGACAGUGAGGAGUGUUAUUGUGUAAAGAGAAUUUUCUCUGGUGGGGACCAAAGUUUUGCACACUACUUCUAUCCACAGAACAUGGUGCCACCAGAUGAUUUUAGGUAUCCUGACUAUUUGAAGCAGAUCUGGACUGUGAAUGAAACAUUUCUUCAAAGAUUGCUGACUUUCCCAUCUGGAAGACUUCCUGUAGAGAUAGCUAAUGAAAUUGAUGGAACGUUCUCCUCAGCUGGGUGCCUGAAUGGGAGCUUUUUGGCUUUGAGCAAUGAUGAUCAUUACAAAACCAGCGCUAGAUUCUCAGGGGUUGAUAUGAAUGCUGCUAGACUACUAUUUCACAAACUUAUACAGCCUGACCACACUCAUAUAUCACAACAGGUGGCAGCUAGUUUGGAAAAGAACCUUAUUCCCAAAUUGACCAGCUGCUUACCAGAUGUUGAAGCUUUGAGGCUGUAUCUUACUCUGCCAGAAUGCCCACUGAUGAGUGAUGCAAACAAUUUCACAACAUUAGCUAUUCCUUUUGGAACAGCUAUUCUGAACCUAGAAAAAGCUCCUCUGAAAGUUCUUGAAAAUUGGUGGUCUGUACUUGAACCUCCAUUGUUCCUCAAGAUAGUGGAACUCUACAAGGAUGUCGUAGUCCACCUUUUGAAGUUGUGCAAGAUGGGUGUUCCGGCUUCUGAAAGAAGAAUACUUACCAAUUUUCUGCACACGGCUUUCAGAGUUCUGGAAAUACUGCAUAGAGUAAAUGAAAGAGGACAAGUUAUACAGUAUGACAGAUUUUACAUUCAUGAGAUACAAGAUUUGAUAGAUAUCAGAAAUGACUAUGUCAACUGGGUCCAGCAGCAGGUAUUUGGAAUGUUAACAGAUAUUCCUGUUACAAUUUGCACAUACCCUUUUGUAUUUGAUGCCCAGGCAAAGACAACUCUCUUACAAACAGAUGCAGUCAUACAGAUGCAGAUGGCUGUUGAUCAGGCUCACAGGCAGAACUUGUCUUCUCUCUUUCUGCCAGUAUUUGAAUCAGUUAAUCCAUGCCUGAUAUUGAUGGUACGGAGAGACAAUAUUGUAGGGGAUGCUGUGGAAGUCCUAAGGAAAACAAAGAAUGUGGACUACAAGAAGCCACUAAAGGUUAUUUUUGUAGGGGAAGAAGCUGUUGAUGCUGGAGGUGUUCGCAAAGAAUUUUUUUUGCUUAUCAUGAGGGAGUUGCUAGAUCCCAAAUAUGGAAUGUUCAGGUAUUAUGAAGAGUCCAGGCUGAUCUGGUUCUCUGAUAAGACCUUUGAAGACAGUGACUUGUUUCAUUUGAUUGGUGUUGUCUGUGGGCUAGCAAUAUAUAAUUUUACUAUUGUAGACCUUCAUUUCCCUUUGGCUUUGUACAAAAAGCUAUUGAAUAAGAAACCAUCCCUGGAUGACUUAAAAGAGUUGAUGCCAGAUGUUGGCAGGGGAAUGCAACAGUUACUGGACUAUCCAGAGGAUGACAUAGAAGAAGCAUUUUGUCUUAAUUUUACUAUCACUGUGGAAAAUUUUGGUACAACAGAAAUUAAGGAGCUUGUUCCUAAUGGUGCUGACAUUCCUGUAGUCAAACAAAAUAGGCAGGAUUUUGUAGAUGCAUAUGUGGAUUACAUCUUCAAUAAAUCUGUGGCUUCCUUAUUCAGUGCAUUCCACACAGGCUUCCACAAAGUAUGCGGAGGUAAAGUUCUUCAGCUCUUCCAGCCUAGCGAGUUGCAGGCAAUGGUGAUUGGGAACACAAAUUAUGAUUGGAAAGAAUUGGAGAAGAAUACAGAAUACAAAGGAGAAUACUGGGCAGACCACCCUACAAUUAAAAUAUUCUGGGAGGUUUUUCAUGAGCUGUCUUUGGAGAAGAAAAAACAGUUUUUGUUGUUUCUGACAGGCAGUGAUCGUAUUCCAAUUCUUGGAAUGAAGUGUCUUAAACUAGUCAUCCAGCCAACAGGAGGUGGAGAAGGUUAUCUUCCGGUAGCUCACACUUGCUUUAAUCUUCUUGAUCUUCCAAAAUACACAGAUAAAGAAACCCUGAAGUCUAAGUUGAUCCAGGCUAUAGAUCACUAUGAAGGUUUCAGUUUAGUAUAACUUCAGAAAUGAGAGUUCUGUGUAACGUGGGAUUAUUAAACUAACUUUUUGUGUCUUGUGGUGGUAAAUUCAGUGGAGUAAAUGGAGGAGUUGAUAAUAUAACUGAUUAUUUGCAAAAAUGUUCAGUGGUACGGAUAUUCAUGGGAG